AUGUUCAAUCCAGAGAAUCUAUUGGCCCUUUCUACAUCUGGAGGUAGACGAAAUCCAAUAACUGUUGUGGUCAUUUCUUCUGAUUUGAGGCCCGUGUACUUCAGAGAAGAGGUUGCUCUUAACUCAGAUGAUUUUGAAAAAAUGAAAGUCGAUUUGUGCAACAUAUUCGACCAUAAGUUGGUUGUUGGGGAAGACAUCAAUUCGCACUUCUCACGACUCGGAAUUCCUUCUAACAUUUGCGAGGUCUUGGAUAGCAGAUCUCUGCCGAUUCCGAUGGGUUAUCAACCAACCCCCCUUCGAUACCGAAAUCCAAUGGAAAACGCCAUACGAGCCAUGCAACUUUUUACAAAUUAUGCACAAAUGCGACAAGGUGGUUUGAUGCACGCAAAAUAG